AUUAAUGUCAGACUGGAGGGAGAACUACCUGCUAAGAAUUAGUUCCAGCUCAUAAUUACAUAUUAUGAGGAUUUUCACAUUGGAGAUACGUGGCAAAUGCAGAUUUAUUAAAUUGUAGUCAUACAAAGUUCCCAAGCAUAAGUCUAUCCUAUCAUUUCUAGGUAGCUGAGAAAUUCAGUAUGGCAACUGCUGUAUCACAAGUGAAAUCUGACUCAUUCACUCAGUGCUAAGAUGAAAUACAUUCAGAUGGGAGGCUAUUUUUAAUAUCAAAUUCUUAGCUGUUCCUUGAGUUAAUUUGCUUAUAUGAUUUUGUAUAUGUGAAAGUGUUUCAGCUGUUUAACCUUCUCUUUUCCCAUCUAUGUUUUCAAAGAGCCAUGCUUCAAAGUGUGAGAGGAUUUUUUAAAAUUCAAUUCAAUAUGUGGAUCAUUUCAAGUCAGAGACAGACAAGUUCUAAGGCUAACCCCACUUAAAGGAGAAAUCUGGCUGAUUUCAUGGACUUUGGAUUAGGCAUUUUGUUUGGGCAAAUCUGGGGCUAAGCUACAGACAGCUAUCGCUUUGUUAAACAAGCAACUCUGGUAUUAAUGAAGGCAUUUAAAACACUUUUCAACAUUCUUUAGAUUCCUGGGAAGUCCUAGUGCAUUGCUUAAAACUAAAAAUACACAGGAACUGUCUUUACAGGGAUCUUUGCUUUGGAUGAGGGACUAUUAGUUGCCCAGUCAUUGUUUACUGGCCCGCUAUAGUAAAUUGCCUGUUGAUCUUUGAAAUUAAUUGCCUUGCAGAUCUUUGGUUCUGAUGCCUGCUCAGGAAAACAAUAUUGAUGUGGUCUUAGAUUGGCAAAGACAACAUCUUUAUAAAGCCAUAGAUGUGUUCUGCACAUAAGGUGCAUGAUGUCUCAAACUCCCUUAGAAAUCCAAAUAAGAAGGAAAAUAUAUUCCAUUUUAAAUAUAACCGCUACAAAUGCAGCUAUAAUGCUGUAAGCCCCAGUCUCUGUCCCCACUGCAAAUCUGGAACAAGUGCACUGACAUCUAAGACUCUUCUCAAAUUACAGCAGGGUAAUUAAUAUCAAAAAGCACAUCUAUACACAGUUACUAAUACAUUUUUCCUGAGAUAUUAAGACAAAAUUCAGGAGAUGACCACACUCUCAUGGAAUAAGACUGAGGUAACGGCUGCAUUCCACUGAAGUCACCCCAAAGAAGCCAGCUUUCAUUUCCCAAAGAAAUGAAAGCAAGAUUCUUCUUGUGUAUUUUCUGAUCCAUCAUAUCAAGUUGAAUGGGGUGGGGAAAAAAGGUCUGUAAGAUGACCAUUUUUUGUUAAAUCUGAUGCAUAAUAAGUCAUGUUGACAGAGAACAACUGACUUCACCACUUUUUAGUUUUAUAUGGUAUUUCCAUCAUCUGUUCAGACAUAAAAUGCAUUUUGUCUUAAGGAAAUUUUACAGGCCACAUGAGGAUCCACAUUACCUAUAAGCAUAACUGAUCCACUUUUAAGUGCAGUGUUCUUAGGAGCAUCCCCAAAAUGCCUUCUGUCUCAGACUGUGGCAGAGAGCUGCUAAAAUGCCAGUGUCCUACCAAGAAAGGUGUUCUCAAGCCAUGGUGACAGGUUGCUGGUUUUUGUCGCUACUUACUGCUGAAGACAAAUUUUAACUUAAACAUUUUGAUGGCAGUGAUGAGAAGGACGUAGAAAGGUUGUUUUGUGUUCAUGACACUGGUAGUAAAUGGGAAAGCAGAAAAACAUUGACUUCACUUGGUUGAAACAUUCCUUGUAGUAACAAUAAAAGAAUCCUGAACUGCUUCAAUACUGUGAGCAAUCUGUACUCCAGUUUUAGUCCUACGUAUUGUCAUCAGGAUCACUAAGAUUAUCAAAGAAUCACUAGCUCUUUAUCUGUGCCCCCUGCAUGAUCUGUUUUUAGUAGUAUUGUGUGGAAGAAUAUCUUGAAUAGACAGAUGGGUUAAAGAGAGGGAGUCCUAUUCCUAGUUACAAUAGCGUAAUGCUUUUUGAAGCACAUAGCAGCAACGUAACUAUGUUUUAACAUCUAAUGCUAUGCACCCCAUAUUCUAAUGUACUGCUUAGAGAAGCCUAUGCCAAGAAAAUAUGGAAUUGUGAGCCAAAAACUGUAUAGUGUCAUUCAAACUAAGAACCCACGGUAUAAACUUAUUUAAAUAUAAUCCACCGUAUUUUUUUCAUUGCUUUUCUUCCUUAGCUUAAUAAAUUACCUACCCCUCUGCAUUUACUCCACAGUGCUUGCUUAAUAGAGGAUACACAAGCUUCUUUUUGUUAAGCAGAGAAAAAUCUCCUUUUCUCUAUGCUGUGUUACAUAAAAUUCAACAUAAUCUCUUUAGAGAAUGGAAAAAUAGCAAUUUCUGGGAGUCAAGCAUGGAUAUACAGAGGUCAGCAAAUAACUAUCAGAGUUUUAAAAUGCAUCCAAAAUGCAGAUCUCUGACAUCAGUAAAAAAAAAGAAAACAACACAUCACCUAAAUUACCUCACGGCUAUUUGCAUAAAGGGUCCAGAGGCAGUACAGUAUAAGUACGGAGGCACAAGCCAUCCAAAGAGAACUUAGCAACAGUUCUAUUGGAUACUGUGUGUCUGUAGCAGAAAAAGGGCAACUUUGAAGCUCAGAUGUGCAAACAGCUUUAAAGGACUAAACAACCUCUUGGCAGAUGCAUCAGGCAAAAAUCUGAAACUACAAACCAGCUGCAGGAACCCCGGUCCCACAAUGCCAUCUAUCCAGCUGCCCCUGCUACUCCUCUGCCUGACCUUGUGUGGUGCUUGCCUCAACGGGGGGCAGCCUCUUCCAGAGGGAAGUGAGAACAUGGGAAGAAGUCCCCUGGAUGACAUCCUGCAGAGGUCUGAAAGCCUCAUUCUUCAGUCUGUCCUCAAGAAAGCUGAAAAGGAAGAAGAGAUGAAUAAAGAAUCAAACGCCCCUCUGCCAGAAUGGCUUUCCAAAAGACAACACCCUGGGAAAAAGUACUUAAGUGACCUGGAAAAGAGACAGCAUCCUGGAAAAAGAGAUGUUGAGGAAGACACAUCUUAUGGAGACAUUCAGAAGAGGCAGCAUCCAGGGAAAAGAGAGAUAGAAGAUGACCUUGAUGGCUAUCUAGAGCUGAAAAAGCGACAGCAUCCUGGCAGAAGGUCACUGUUGGAUCAGUAUGCUGACACCCCCAGUCCACAGCUAACCUACUUGAAAGAGUUCUCCAAAAGACAGCAUCCAGGCAGAAGGUAUCUGAUGUACAAGCACCAGCAUCCUAGCAAAAGAGGCUGGAAUGAUGAGGUAGACCUAAAUGACCAAUAUGGUGAGAAACGCCAGCACCCUGGAAAAAGGCAUGGGGAUUCUGACAGCUCAGAUGAUGCAGGCCCCUGCAACUUUCAGGAGUCCUUCACCUGUAACAAAGGCAGCUUGUUGCUUGAUUUAGUAGAUGUUAGCAAAGACAGGGUAGAAGAAAAACGUCAGCACCCAGGAAAAAGAUCAGCAUGGGAGAGUGAAACAGAGGAAUGAGAAAAUAAUUGUGUAUCAUUUGCAUUUAGUGAAGUAAACUGCCAGAUCACUAAAAAAUUCUGUUCACUCCCUUCUGGCUUCCUGCUGCUGACCUCUGCACCUAUCUUUCAGUGCAUUAAUGUUUCCAUUUAAGUUAAUGGCUUUGUCACACACUUAAAGGAACUAAAGGACCCAGUUGAAUGGGACAGGCAAGUACUGAGGGUCUUCAACUCCCUUACUUUAGGAAGUUAUAAGUACUCAUUUCCUUAUGGGCCCAGACCCCAGAAUAAUCCCACUGUGUGUGUCCAAUUUUCUGUUCCCAAAUGACUAAACCAGGCUCUUAAAUAUCUGUUCUGAUGUUACUAAAGUGGAAUAAUUACAUGGUUUCCUCUCACAUCAGUGAAAUCAGUAAAUUAAUAGAGACAGAGAAAAAAGAACAACAUAUAUGACAAUUAUUUCAAAAUGAAAUUGAAUAGGUUUUCAAUUCUAAAUGACACAUUAAUGAGACCUGAACCCUUGCAUACUACAAUCUGUCCAGACAGUAAGCACUGAACAGAGAUAGGAACUGUUCCAACUGGAACGGAUUAGAUGACUGACUUCAUAGUUUGACUUGGAACUGGCACACAAAACCCCUUUUCAUCGAAGAGGCUGCACAGUGCAAAGGGUUAAUUCAUCCCAGAGCAUCUGAACCGCAAGUUGUGAACCUGACUGCAUACACCCCAUACUACAACUCCCAUCCUGGUGUGUCCACAUUUCAGUCAUGCCACUUGAAAUCAUGACUUCUCCUCAGAUAUUUAAAAAUGAAACGAGCAGACAUCCUCUUCUUCCAAUACGGAUUUCUGAUUUCUCUCCUCUCAAAGGAAUGCUUUUACUUUCCAUGGUCAGACUCCCAAAAGUGUUUAUUUGAUAUGAAUGAUUCAAUAAACAUCAA